AUGGCCAUCUCAUAUGCCAGCGGGCUACCAGCCGAUAACCAAGCCCUUCCGUCAUUUCGCGAGCUGCUUCCGCCACACCUACACGAAGAAAUCGAGUCGACCUCAUACUAUCCGUCCCGACAGCCGCGCGAGCGUCCAACAUCAUCCCACGAUGUGACACCCAGCCUUCGUCCUCCCUACGCUUCUUCUUCGUUCAAAUCCCAGUUCGAUCUCCGUGAUUACCCAGGUUCAAGGCCCGACUCCCACCACACCAGGGAUCAUGCGCACGUUCCAGGCGCCACCAAUGCUACGUCGCGCUACGGUUCGCGCCCGAGUCCCAUGCUUCCUCCAAUUCGCGACCUACAGUCGUAUCCUGAGCGUGGGAUGGGUGGCUACCCAGAUCCCAGGGGCGCUUCACGACCGGAGAUGACGGCCAUGCCUCACGGAUACCCGCCAACCUCGCACAUGCCAGGACCGAGGAGCGACCGAAUAAGCACCGAUGCUUACAGGAGUGCGCCGCCUAUGCAUGGCCAGAUGGGAUAUCCUUACCCGCCGAUGGCUUACCAGAGUGAUCCCGAACACGCCUCUCCACAAGCGCUAUCGCAUGGGCCUCAGUCGAAUUUUGGCAUUCUCGGCGACCCCAUCGACUCGAAGAACAAGCGCAGGCGUGGGAACCUCCCUAAGCCCACCACUGAGAUCCUCAAGAAGUGGUUUCACGAGCACUUGGACCAUCCUUAUCCCAGUGAAGAGGACAAGCAGAUGUUCAUGACCCGCACAAAUCUCACAAUCAGCCAGAUCAGCAAUUGGUUCAUCAACGCGAGGAGACGCCAACUCCCUGCCUUGCGGAAUCAAAUGCGAACCGGUGGAAGCGAAACAGAUCAAAGACAGUCUCCUCUGAGCGACCUGGAACAAACACCGUCCGAUUCGUCGCCCCAGUGGAGACAUUAG